CACUGACUGGUUCGAAAUGGAGCCAUUUUACUCAUACUAACAAAGGAGAAGAGAAGAGAAGAGAAGCCGUGUAGAUAUCGAUGGCGACGAUAGUGCAGUGUCUUUCUUCCUGUGCGACUCUCGAAUCUCAAUUCAAAGUCCUUUCGCUUAAGGGAAUCUCUUGUUCAUCUUCUUCCGUCUCCACUCGUCGUGCUUCUUCGGCUACUGUAUGCUCUUCCCUUAGCUUCUCACAGAGCGUUUCUCAAUGUGUCGCCUUCUCCUCCGGGAAUUUGUGGGUACAGAAACCAACGAGGCAAUUGAUUGUGUGUGAGGCUACUGCUCCGACGAAGAAAGCUGAUUCUGCUGCUAAGAGAGCUCGCCAAGCUGAGAAGAGGCGCCUUUACAACAAAUCUAAGAAAUCUGAAGCCCGGACACGGAUGAAGAAGGUCUUGGAAGCACUUGAGGGACUCAAGAAGAAAACAGAGGCCCAACCUGAUGAGAUAGUAUCCGUGGAAAAACUUAUCGGAGAGGCUUAUUCUGCAAUUGACAAAGCAGUGAAGGUUAAAGCGCUACACAAGAACACUGGUGCCCGUAGGAAGUCUCGGCUGGCAAGGAGGAAAAAAGCUGUUGAGAUUCACCACGGUUGGUAUGUCCCAGACGCAGCAGCACCAGUAGCAUCAGAAGCUGUGACAAUUGCUGCAUAAUAAGAACAUGGAGCUGGAUAAUGGAAAUUUGUUUUUGUUUACUGUUUCUUUUUAAUGUACAUUUAGUCGCUUUCAGACUCUUCGUUUGUUAAGUUCGAUCUAAGCAUUUUGUCUUCUACUCUUGGCUUGGUCUUGUUCUGGUUCAGUAACAUCUCAGUUCUUGGCUCAGGCACCAUUCCUCUUGACAUCAUCUCUCGAAAGUAACUCAAUGCUUCUCCAA